AUGACGCUUACCAUCCGGAACACCUGUUCGGAAUACUCUGAUACAAGUAGUUCAGAAUACUAUGAUACAAGUAGUUUGGAAUACUCUGAUACAAGUAGUUUGGAAUACUCUGAUACAAGUAGUCCCGAACACUCUGAUCCAAGUAGUUCGGAAUACUCUGAUACAAGUUGUUCGGAAUACUCUGAUACAAGUAAUUCGGAACACUCUGAUACAAGUAGUUCGGAAUACUCUGAUACAAGCAGUCCGGAAUACUCUGAUACAAGUAGUUCGGAAUACUCUGAUACAAGUAGUUCGGAAUACUCUGAUACAAGUAGUUCGGAAUACUCUGAUACAAGUAGUUCGGAAUACUCUGAUACAAGUAGUUCGGAAUACUCUGAUACAAGUAGUUCGGAAUACUCUGAUACAAGUAGUUCGGAAUACUCUGAUACAAGUAGUUCGGAAUACUCUGAUACAAGUAGUUCGGAAUACUCUGAUACAAGUAGUUCGGAAUACUCUGAUACAAGUAGUUCGGAAUACUCUGAUACAAGUAGUUCGGAAUACUCUGAUACAAGUAGUUCGGAAUACUCUGAUACAAGUAGUUCGGAAUACUCUGAUACAAGUAGUUCGGAAUACUCUGAUACAAGUAGUUCGGAAUACUCUGAUACAAGUAGUUUGGAAUACUCUGAUACAAGUAGUUCGGAAUACUCUGAUACAAGUAGUUCGGAAUACUCUGAUACAAGUAGUUCGGAAUACUCUGAUACAAGUAGUUCGGAAUACUCUGAUACAAGUAGUUCGGAAUACUCUGAUACAAGUAGUUCGGAAUACUCUGAUACAAGUAGUUCGGAAUACUCUGAUACAAGUAGUUCGGAAUACUCUGAUACAAGUAGUUCGGAAUACUCUGAUACAAGUAGUUUGGAAUACUCUGAUACAAGUAGUCCCGAACACUCCAAUACAAGUAGUUCGGAACACUCUGAUACAAGUAGUUCGGAGGUCUCUGAUACAAGUAGUUCGGAAUACUCUGAUACAAGAAGUUUGGAAUACUCUGAUACAAGUAGUUCGGAAUACUCUGAUACAAGUAGUCAGAAAUACUCUGAUACAAAUAGUUUGGAAUACUCUAAUACAAGUAGUUUGGAAUACUCUAAUACAAGUAGUUCGGAGUUCUCUGAUACAAGUAGUUCGGAAUACUCUGAUACAAGUAAUUCGUAA